AAAACAAGUCUUGAGCAAGAAAUAGUCUGUUGUCAUGAUAGAAAGCACAUUUAAAGAAAAUGAAAUCUCUGCAUAGGGAACUUCUCCAGUUGACCGCUGGAUCCUUGACUUUAUAAAGCACGCGAGAACCUUUGCUACAUCCAGACUUGGUAAACCUGGUCUGUGCUCUGUUGUCCUCAGCCUGGUCCGUAAGUGCAAAGAAGGAGUACUGUCUCAGGAUCACAGCAAUUUAACAGUGAGGUGGUGUGGCCUCCCUCCUGCUCAGCUGGGGCCAAGACACCAGAGGAGGCAGACAGACCCAGCUCGCUCCCGGCCACCAACCCUGCUGCUGAGCCCAGUGAACUUACCGCUGCCACAGACCUGUCAGGACUGCUGUGGGCCACCUAUCCAGAGGAGGCAGACGACGCCUGCUACUCCAGUUUAAGAUGCUAACAGUGGGCAGUGUUUUACUGCUUCUGGUAGCAGCAUCUGUUGCCAACAUAGGCAAGGAUCCUACCCUUGAUUCAGACUGGGAACGCUGGAAGACAAUCUACCAAAAGCAGUACAGCAGUGAGGAGGAAGAGCUUUCCAGGCGCUUGAUCUGGGAAAAAACCCUGAAAAUUGUUACAGUUCAUAACUUGGAAGAGUCAAAGGGAAUGCAUUCAUACACAAUGGCCAUGAAUGGCUUUGCAGACAUGACAUCUGAGGAAGUAACGGCUACAAUGACAGGGCUCAGGGUAUCCGACUCAGAAAUGGAUAACCUUACAGUUGAUUGGCCUCAAGAAAGUAUUCAGGAUCAGGGCCCAGACUGCAUAGAUUGGAGGAAGAGUGGUUAUGUCACCAAUGUAAAGAACCAGGGAUCUUGUGGUUCUUGUUGGGCUUUCAGUGCCGUGGGGGCCUUGGAAGGACAACUGAAGAAGAAAACAGGGCGUUUGGUGUCACUUAGUCCCCAGAACCUAGUAGACUGCUCCUGGAGAUAUGGCAACCAUGGUUGCAAUGGAGGCUUUAUGACUAAAGCUUUCAGAUAUGUUAUGAACAACAGUGGCAUUGACUCAGAAACGUCGUAUCCAUAUGAAGGUCAGAACAAGAAUUGCCGUUAUAAAACUUCUGGACGGGCUGCCACCUGUGUCAGCUAUAAAAGCAUACCUAAGGGAAAUGAAACUUAUCUUGAAAGGACAGUGGCUUCAGUGGGACCAGUAUCUGUUGCUAUAGAUGCAAGUUUGAGAUCCUUCCAACAAUACCACAGUGGUGUGUACUACGACUCAGAAUGCAGUUCCUCACAUUUAAACCAUGCCAUUCUUGUUGUGGGAUAUUGUGUGGACAGAGGUGUGCCAUACUGGCUCGUCAAAAACAGCUGGGGAACCAGAUGGGGUGAUCAAGGUUAUAUCCGGAUGGCAAAAAACAGAGGCAACCUUUGUGGAAUAGCUUCAUUUGCCAGCUAUCCACUGAUGUGAAAAAUAGACUUAAUCCUGAUGGGCAAGAAUGAAGAGUCAAACAUGCUUUUAAAUUCAUUUUGUUCUGAGUUCCCCAAAGAACUGUAGCCUUCAAUAAAUAAGUCCUGUCUUGAAUCAUACAAACUUGAUGGACCCCAAAAGACCUUUUAAAUGCAAGAACAAAAAACUACUGUAAGAAGAAUCACUGCUUGCUAUAUGACAGGUUUCAGAGUAAUAGCCGUGUUAGUCUGUAUUCGCAAAAAGAAAAGGAGUACUUGUGGCACCUUAGAGACUAACCAAUUUAUGUGAGCUGUAGCUCACGAAAGCUUAUGCUCAAAUAAAUUGGUUAGUCUCUAAGGUGCCACAAGUACUCCUUUUCUUUUUGCUUGCUAUAAAACUUCAUGAGUGCUAGUUAUAGCCCUCUUGGCAUAUUGCUUUCAUGUUCCCUAACCAACCUGGAGUUGCUUUCAGAAAAUCAUCUACACCAACUACUUCAGCCAACUAGUCACAUGAUACUGGUUCUACUUGUUUCGUUAAAAGAAGUUAAAAACAUAUUAGGAAAGCAUCUAGUAUUACUUUCCUAUGUAGGCAAUUGCUAUUAGUGUCACAAACAGGAGUGGAGGUGGGGCAUGUGUUCACAAAUUGAAGGAGAUGUGUCCUCAAAACAAUCUCUUUAUUAAGGUAUGGUCCACUCUAUGAAUAGAUGCUAAUUUUUGUAAUGAUGGAGGCCAUAUAACUACCGAGAUAGAUAGUUCAGAAAGUUUGAGAACCUUUCUAUAAUCAAGUUUCUCAAGGUUUUGCAAGUGAAACUGUUGCUUUUUAAUUUGCCAAAAAUGCCAUUUCUUAAUGCUCAGGUUUUUAAGAAUCUCAAAACACACCUGAAAACAGUUGGACAUGAUGUAUGAUAAAUAGCAUUGGACGAAUUCCUGGAGAUUUCACCACAUGACAUAAUCUUUAAUUAAAGAUUAAUCUUUAAUUCCUGCAGACUCCAGCACAAUCCUGGAGGGCUGGCAACCCUAAUGAUAUGAUGUACUAUGGCACGAAAGUCAAUGUUAAAUGCCAGAUUUACUGGCAGUAAAUAAUCUUAAAAUUUUAUCCCACGUAUCACAAUAGUUGGUGUUUUUUCUCAAAGAUCUUCGAGUUUUGUGAUUAUGUGAGACUCUCAGCCUUCUUUUUAUUUUUUAAAAUGUGUUUCUAGUGCUCAUGGUUGUGGAUAAAAGGUUGAAAAUGUGAUACAAGUGACCCUACAGGCUCAAAGACCAGAAGGCAAAUAAAAAGCACCCCAAAUGUAUUUUUCAUCUCAUGAUUUUGGGUGGGGGCGUGACUCAUCAUUUUUGAAUGCUUGGGGUUGACAAUACUCAUGUUAUAAUCUUGGUAGGUGAUGUAUUACAGAAAGAUGCAUGCAUGAUAAUUCAGAACCUACGUUAGGUGUUCUACCUUGUCCUGCUUCCUGGGUUUCUUAGUAAUUAAUGUCUUAGUAUGUUAAUUCCCCAAGAACUGUACUGGGAUAACAGCUAGUAUAAUCUUUCAGUAUGAGGUUUUUAUUAAUUUAAAAUUAUGUAUUGUUAAAUGACAAUCAAAGAUGUUUUCUCAAAACUUACUUAAAAGGCUGAUUGUAAGAUUUUGCAUGCAUUACUUCCCACAGAAGCUUUAGUUUGUGGUGAUCAGUGUCGGUACAGUAUUGUGUAGAUAGCACCAGGACAGUAAAGGACACUUAAUUAGAGUGCUUAUUAGCGGAAACUUUGAUAUUUUUGUCCUUUUUUACUAAAUAAAAGCAAAACCUGAAAGACAA